GGAUGCAGAAUCAUAUUUAGAUGGGGGCACAACAUUUUAUUUCAUUACGUUUCAUUGUAGGAUUAUAAAAAAUUUCUUAAAUUAAAAGUAAUUAUACUUUAAUAAGAUAGAUACUAGUAGUAAUAGUAUAUACUGAUGGCGACAUAGGCGAUGAUCUAGGGUUUCGAUGCUUUCUCAAAAAUGGGAUCCUGGAAUUGGAUACGAGUUACAUAAUGGAGCAGAAGAUCAGCAAAGGAAGGAUUUGGGGGGUUCUGAAUUGAGAUCUUCAGAUCUCAGGCGAUUUGAACGGGUUUUCGAAAGAUGGAAUUGGGGAUUUUUGCGGAUGUUGCGGGUAUUUAACUGGAGCAUGAUUUCGAUUGUCAUCAAAACGGAAUUAUGGAGAUUUACAGAGCCAACUUCUCGGCAAUGGUGGUGACAUGAAGGAAGGAGAAACGGCUCGGAAAAGAAUGAAGAUCUCGGUGCCUCACUUUGAUAACUCGGCACUAAUCAAGACUUACUCUAAGUCCUUGAUUGGACGAUGCAUGAAUCCACCAGAGCAGGAAAUGAAGGCGCUCAUCCAGAACGUACCGAAGAUUUGGAAGCUGGAGGAAAGGGUUGUUGGAACGGACUUGGGUUUUGGCAAGUUUCGGUUCGACUUUGAAACAGAGGAGGAGAUAGAUACGGUACUGAAGCUGCAACCAUAUCAUUUUGAUUACUGGAUGUUGGCGUUAGCACGAUGGCAACCGAAGAAGUCGCAGCUCUUCCCAUCAGAGAUAACGUUCUGGAUUAGGGUGAUAGGUGUUCCGAUGGAGUUCAGAACGGUGCCUACCUUUGAGAGCCUCGGUGAUGCACUUGGACGAACAGUAGCAGUAGAUGUAGAGCACUGCAGAGUGCAGGUGGUGGUGGACGCGUUUCAGGAGCUUUGCUUUGAAACAACUUUGGACUUCAAGGGUGGAGAAUUUUACGAGGGGGAGGAAGCAGCAAUAUCAUUGAGGUAUGAGAAGCUCUUUGGAUACUGCCCACUUUGUUCUAGCUUGUGCCAUAAGGAGGAGAAAUGCCCUCUUGCUAAGAAGGCGUCGCCUGAGAAGAAAAGAGAGGGUCGAGAAGGAAAUGGAGGAUGGUAUGAUGGUGGGAAACACGAUGAUCGAGCUCGGAGCUAUAAGGGAGUGGUCAUAAAUGGAAAUCAGAAUCAACAACACAAGGAAAGAGACGGUAGGGACUACUAUGGGAAGGGUAAAGGCAAGAUGGUGGAAGAGGCUGACUCAAAAUGGGUGAAAGUGGCUGAUAGAGGCAAUAAGGGGUCUUUUACUAAUCACAGGAGCUUUAGGGGUGAGGGAGAUGGUUCUCGACAUAGAUCUUCCCGAAGAGAAGAACCCCGGGCUGAGGGUCAGGGGCAGGGAGGAAGUAAUAGAUCCUCCUCAGGUCAGUCAGGAGCUCCAAAAGAAGUAGUUCAAGAGGAGGGAGAAAUAAAAAAUCCUAACGAGUCUGAGAAAAUUCUCCCCUCUCAGGAUUUUCAAGAAGAGCUGGCCAAGACUCAAGCUGUAGGAUCUGAGGUAAUUUCGGACCCUAUGGAUGCAGAGGAAGGGCUUCAGAUGAUCAAAAGCCUGAUAGUGGAACCGUCAACUUUGGAGGAUGAUAAAGUACUGGACAUGGACGAGUGUAGAGCUAUCUGUCUUGAGCAUGUGAUAGAUAUGGAUGCAGCAGACGAUCUACCAGAUUGCUCGGAUGGGGAAUUUGAGGAAAUGCUAAAGGAACAAGAUGAUGAAGAAGUUAUUCCAGCAGAUUUAGAAAAUGAAAAUAUGGAGGUGGAGAAAGCACAGGUUAAAGGAGAUGUGGCGAAGAAGCAAGGAACUCGCAAGAGGCUUUUUAAGCCUAGCACCGCGGGGAGUACGAAGAUGAGGAUAGCUUCUGCGCUUGUGUCUCCGCGAAAACGAGCUCCGACAAAGGUAGGUACACAUCAUGAAGAUCACAGCAAGCACCAGGAGAUUAAGGGCACUUCAAACCCGAAGACUGGAAUGAAAAAUCCAUAAUUUAUGAAUCAAAUGUCUCUCGUAUUGGGUUUAAGUAACGGGGUUUUCAGUUAUGGUUUUAAGCUUUUAGUUUUCCAAAUAAGCUCUUGGAGCAUGUAUUUGUUAUCUGGUAUUAUGGGUUUUAUAGAGUCGGGCUGUUGGUGUUGUCUUUGGUUGUCGGUUGUGUUUUCACGCUUGUUUGAUCAUUGGAAUAAUACUGAUGUUCACAGUUAUUGGUACUCGGGUCUAUUAGAGAUAAUUAUCACAGUUGAGUCAUAUGUUUGGUUUGCUUUUGUUUUGGUCUACGGGUUACCUAGGUCUAGGACAAGGAUACUUUGCAAAGUUGGACUGGAAAAUGAUCGGGAACAAUGGAUUUGGUGGCGGGCUAUAACAUUUUUGCAGUGCUAUCCUACUUGUAUCUAUUUUUGUUUCAGGUCGCAAUCUCUCCCAAAGGAAGAAUGGGAUAGAGUUGCAAUAAUUAUGGUCCGGAGAUUGAGAUUACAAUGGAAAUUCAUGGUGAUUCAUCGGGACAAAGGUCUACUGGCUUUUGCACUACAGGGUUUGAGCUUAAGGGGAGAAGCGACAUGGAGUAGAUACAAACUAAGGCCGCUAGGCCUUGUUUUUCAACAAGUGUGGUGGUGGGAGAUAUGGUGGGCUAUUAGAAUUGAGUACCUAGUGGUUAUUAUGAAAGUAUGGUCUUAUCUUUGUCAUUAUGGUUUAUAUAGUUAUAAUUUUAUAUGGUGGAAAGAUGGAAUGGAAGGGCUGAUCUUGGCUUGGCGUAAAUUGAUAUCGAUUGAAUUUUUUCGAUGGCAAACUUUAGCUCAGAUUAAAUUAAGAGGGUUAUGGAUUUGUGGUUACUUGCAGAGUAAGGCAAUGAAUAUUAAUGGUUCUAGACGUGGAAAGGUGUGGAAACCGUUGGUGAUCUCAAUAAGGAGGUGGCUGUUUUUUUUAUAUUGUCAACCCCGGGUUUGGUUUGAAUGGAACGUAUACGCAAUUCGGAAUAUGUAUAGACGUUUCUUUUUUGGGCCUAGUGAGUUGUAUCGAUUUGUCAAUGCAAGUAGGCCGUUAAUAUCCUCAAAACGAAUAGGUAUUUCAAGUGUAAAAAAUUGGUAUU